GUACUCUGAGGUCAUUUUCUUGGCCCGUGUCCAUUUUGAGUUUCUUGCCUGGAAUGCCUAUUAAGAGGGGUCAUGUCGCUCCUCAGAAUACAUUCAUUGACACAUUAAUACAAAAGUUUGACAGUCAAGGUCGGAAGUUCUUGAUUGCAAAUGCUGCUCUCCCCGGGGCUCCAAUAAUUUUCUGUAAUGAUGAGUUUUGUUCUUUGUGUGGGUAUUCAAGGGCAGAAAUUCUGCGUCGAUCUGCUGGCUUGGAAUUUUUAUACGGUCCAUUAACUUCAUCCAGAUCUAUUAAGGACUUGAAAAUAGCACUGUCAGAUUGUGAGGAGAAAAUUAUUAUGGCUGUACUAUGCAAUAAAUCUGGUAAUCAGUUCGCCUGUCAGAUAACAGUUGCUCCAGUUCGUAAUGCUGAAGGUCAAGUCCGCUUGUACAUUUUAACUUUUGUGGUCAGUUCGGAACUAAGAAGGACAAAAAGUACAAAUUCCUCUAAAAAAACGAGUCCAGUGGAGGAUAGAAAAAUCAGUGUAAGUUUCCUCAGACAUCUAUGUGGUACUCAACUACGUGAUUCAGUUGUUGAAGAAGCAAAAACAUCCAAUCAGUCAGCUGUUGUACAGAAUAAAAAUGCUGAAUCUGUGCAAUCUGUAUCUCGUUGUGAACCAGAGAACUCCCCUUCGGCUAUUUCUACCGAGGGAGAUCUAAGCUGUACAUGUUUAAUGCAGUCAGGUGAAAUGAAACAACCUGCUCCUCGUUCUCAUUCUGUUGUCAGUAUCUCUUUAAAUGUCGCAAAAGAACCGAAGAAAAGUCGUAAUUACUUGGUCUGUAGAGGUCAUUCUAUUGUCAGUACCACUUCACACAUCUCUGGAGGCAAUUCAACUAUUGGUGUUACACGUGGAUGUGGUGGAAUUGUGGUCAAUACUGACUCAUGGACAGCAUCCCGUCGUCAUGUUUCAGAUAAAGUGGCGGAGAUGUUUUCUAUGGGACCUGAAUUGAAUCCAGAGCAAAAGUUACACUCUCCUCGUAUUCAUCCAUUCACUUUAAAACAUUAUGGUCCUGUGAAAGCUGUAUGGGAUUGGCUUGUCCUAGGCUUUGUCAUUUACACAGCUGUAUUCACUCCGUAUGCAGCAGCUUUUCUACUUCCUGAUGCUAAACGCAAAAGAAGGCAUAAUGAUGGUUGGGGACGUUACAGUGGUUUAACAUCCUAUCAGAAUCCAUUACAAAUAAUUGACUUAUUUGUGGACAUCAUGUUCAUUGUGGAUAUAUUCAUUAAUUUUCGUACAACUUAUGUGAAUAGAAAUGAUGAAUUAGUCUCACAUCCUGGUCAAAUAGCUAUUCAUUAUUUUAAAGGUUGGUUCUUGAUCGAUGUUGUUGCCGCGAUUCCCUUCGACCUACUUCUAUUCGGUGCAGAAACGGACGAGAUGGCUACAUUAAUUGGUCUGUUGAAAACUGCUCGCCUUUUACGUUUAGUACGUGUUGUUCGUAAACUGGAUCGAUAUUCUGAAUAUGGUGCAGCUGUCCUACUCCUUCUUAUGGCCACAUUUGUUUUAAUCGCCCACUGGCUGGCAUGUAUCUGGUAUGCUAUUGGCAAUGUUGAACGUCAACAGUUCAAUGUACGCAUUGGUUGGUUAGAUCAGCUGGCUGAACAAAUUAAACAACCAUUUGGUAAUAGAUCAACACUGGGACCAAGUAUUAAAUCAAAGUAUAUUACAGCACUAUACUUCACAUUUUCAAGUUUAACUUCCGUUGGGUUCGGUAAUGUUAGUCCUAAUACUAAUCCGGAGAAAAUAUUCUCUGUAUGUGUCAUGUUGGUUGGAUGUAAGUUUUAGUCAGCUUAGUUAUUUAGUUAGUGAUCAAAUAAUCAAUUUUCAAUAAAUCAAAUUCUUUUUUCGACAGUUUUCAUCGUGUGUUUUCACACUUGACUUAUGAGGUUGUUAUAAAAGUGAAAAUUGUCUGACUUCUCAAAGACUAACGAAAAUUGGGUAGCACCAGUCCAGGAAGUUUGGACCUUUGUAGGAAGUUGUAGACUGCUUGGUUGGUGUCCUAGAGGCGAUGGAAAUUAUCAGUUAGAGAUUCUUACUGAUACGGGUCAAAACUCGUAACAAUACCAUGGAGGUGUACGCUCCUUGUCCUCUUCAGAUUUUUGUGAAUUUUCUCAAAUCUCCACCUAUCUAUGGUCUCUCGUCUCAUACAAUUUAAUCUGCUUCAAUGCCAUUCUUUUUCUUUCUAUGCAUGCUUGUGUGAAAUGUGGCACUUUGAAGCGAAAAAAUUUAGUGCCAGGUUCUAGGUUGGUUUGUUUGUCGAUCAGAGAUCACUAUUUUUACCACAUGAAUGUGAAAUUACCUGUUGAGUCAUCUAUUCUUUUAAACUGGCUAUUAGUGGAAGUGCCUGAUCCAGUGAUGCAACUUAAAUCACUUUUAAAAUGUUUACUUGUAGUUUCACACAUCCUAUUCGAGGAGAUGGGUUGUAUCGUAUAUGACGAAAUAAAACAGUAUUCAGUUCAGAGCAAAUCGUUAUCUAAGCUAGGCCUUUAGCUAGCAAACGUUCUAGUUUCAUUCCAGACAUCUUCAUCAGCGCACCAGAGCUUCACAAGAAAGUGAAGUAACUGGUUUUGUAUGGAUAAUUAUAACGUGACUGCGUGGUUUGACUGAUUGCUUGGCGAGUGCAUGGGUGUAUGCUAAACCUAAUUGUUUGGUUUUCUGUCUCAGAGGAGUGUGUGACUAUGUGAUUGGUUGGUUUCUUUUGUUUGUUUGUAGUACGUUGAGACCACUUCUGAACAUCCAUAUCAUGAGCUACGAAUAUUUGCCACAGUUUUAACUGUCAAACAUCCGUUUUUCUGAGUAAAGAUACCAGCCUGCAGGUUGUAAUUAAUAACGUUAUUGUACAUUUCUGUUUUUAUUAUUCAUUCGUAUUCCUUUAAUUCAAAGUCAUUGAAGGAUAUUUAAUUCGACAAGACUUGUACUAAACCCAAUAAUCUAAUAACUUUUGGAAAAUAGAAUCAAUGACAAGAAAGGAAAGGGAUGAAACAAGAACUGAUUUAGAAGCAGUUUGACUUACAUUCUUAUUUCUUUUGCGAGAUAAAUCAAAUAAAACUACUCAUGUAUAGUUUGAUUCGUAUUUAAAUUCAAUAGUGAAACUCGUACUGCACUUACAAACCCUUGAAACCGAUUGGUUAACUGACUUUGAUUUAUCAAUACUAUUCUCAACCUUGACUAACCGAAUUCGUCUAUUUUUGAGUAUCGUUUAUGACGUAUUAAGUGCGAGUAAAACUGAAAUUUCAAUCACUUAACACAGACAAGAUCACAUACAAGAUUAUAUUUCAACAAAUUUAAAAUUAACUUUACAGUGAUUGCGUGCUCAUCUUUAAACGUUUUUUUGUAUCAAAGUUAAAUUUGCCAAUUCAAUCUAAUAAUUUAAUUUGCAUUUACUUUCAUAUAAUUUAAAAAAGCAACUUUUUGUUGGCUCUACGUUUUGGUUGUAUUUUUCAUCAUAUGUGUGUCGAUUGCUUGUAUUGCUUAUGUGUUCACUUUUGGACUAAACAGAAGCAGAGCCUUGCAUUAAAGUGUACCUACUUUAAUCCGCCGUUGUAAUGAAAUAUCAAUUUAAGCUGCCAUUUUGGAAUUGUUUUGCCACGUUUUACUUUGCCAGACUCAAGUGAGCGGUCUUUUUCGAUAAAUAGUCAUCCUUAUA